AUGGAGGAUUCUCACACACGGUACAGCAAACGCCUGCGCACAGGUACACGUCGCCGCUACCAGGACGAUGGGAUCUCAGAUGAUGAAAUUGAAGGGAAACGCAUGUUUGACUUGGAUGAGAAACUGCAGUGUGGGAGGUUUUCCUCUGACUUGAUCAAACACAUGGAUGGUAAAGAUUUUACAUAUGAAUACAUACAGAGGGAAGGGCUCAGGGACCCUAUUAUUUUUAAGACGGCUGAUGGGCUUGGUAUUCAAAUGCCAGAUUCUGAUUUCAGUGUGAGUGAUGUCAAGUUGUUUGUUGGUAGCCGGCGAAUUGUAGACGUUAUGGACGUGAACACUCAAAAGGGAAUUGAGAUGUCGAUGGCUCAGUGGCGGCGCUACUAUGAGACCCCUCCAUCAGAGAGAGAAAAACUUUACAAUGUAAUAAGCCUGGAGUUCAGCCACACCAGGUUGGAAAAUCUGGUCAAAAGGCCUGCAUCGGUCGACCUCAUUGAUUGGGUGGACAACAUGUGGCCUCGACAUCUCAAGGAGAGACAGAGAGACUCCACUAAUGCCAUCAUUGACAUGCAUUAUCCCAAAGUUCAGAAGUACUGCCUCAUGAGUGUACAGGGCUGCUUUACAGAUUUCCACAUAGACUUUGGGGGUACUUCUGUGUGGUACCACAUUCUGCGAGGAGGAAAGGUAUUUUGGCUUAUUCCACCUUCUCCCCAAAACCUGGAGAUGUAUGAAAACUGGGUUCUAUCAGGAAAACAGGGAGACAUUUUCCUUGGAGACAAAUGUCAUGACUGUCAGAGAGUAGAGCUCAAGCAGGGCUAUACCUUCAUAAUCCCAUCAGGGUGGAUCCAUGCAGUUUACACACCAGAAGACACUUUGGUGUUUGGGGGGAAUUUCCUUCAUAGCUUUAACAUCCCCAUGCAGCUCAACAUCUAUAACAUUGAGGACCGCACACGGGUGCCAGCAAAGUUCCGCUACCCAUUUUACUAUGAGAUGUGCUGGUAUGUCCUGGAGAGGUACCUCUUCUGUCUGACCAACAUCUCCCACCUCACACCAGAAUUCCAGAAAUAUUCACUCGGUGUUGGACUUACUCCUGCUGACAUUGAAAUCAGUAAUCCCUCUGGGAAUGGCACCUCCAAUGGAGUUGACAGUGAUGUAGAAAAUGAGAUGAAAGUCAAGGAGGAAGAGGUUAAAGAAGAAGAACCCACAACCCGAGUUCUCACACCUCAGCGUGCUCUAACCUCUUUUGAGCUGGAUGGACUGUGGAACCUGUUAGGGAAGUUGGAGGAGCUGCCGGCCCACAAAAAGUGUGUCCCUGCAGGGGUCAGGAAUGCUGCAGCUCUGCUGGACGACAUGAAGACUGUUUUGAGGCAGUGUAUGAAUGAUGACCCCAAGCUAGCCUACACUGGAGAGCCUAUUGUCAAAUGGCCUAAAAGGCCUUCGUGGUACCAGCCCCCCACUCCUCCUCCACCUGUUAUUUAUCGUCCACGCUUGGGACCCUCCCUCCACAAGCAUCAGAGGUUAGCGAAGCGCUCCUCCAUCUCUGCUCUGAGGCGCAGACGGGUGCGGUGCAAGCGCUGCGCCGCCUGCUGCAGGAAGGAGUGUGGAAACUGCCAGUACUGCCAUGACAUGAGGAAAUUUGGAGGACCAGGACGUAUGAAGAAGAGCUGCGUCAUGAGACAAUGCCUGGCGCCUGCGUUGCCGAACACAGCGCGAUGUGCCACAUGUGGACAGGGAGAGUUUGAUGAAUCAAACCCAAGCACCUACUCUCUCAUGGAGUGCACCGUCUGUUCACAGAUUGUCCAUCGCCAGUGUGUGAAGGAUCCAGGCGAGGGAAAGAUCAAUAAGGACCUCCCCAGCUGCUGGGAAUGUCCUAAAUGUUACCAGGGCAAAGGCUCAGAAUCAGAGUCCUCCAGUGAAGAGGAAAGUGGAGAGUCAGAGGAUUCCACGUCCAUGUCGCAGUCCAAACUGUACCAAGAAGGCGCUGGAUUAGGUGAAGGAGCAAGGCGAGGACGACGGAGCAGACCCACGGGCCGACCAAUGGCUCCACCCCCCUCCCAGAAACUGCUACUCCAGCAUCAACAGAGCCGCAAAAGAGCAAGUGCACUGGAACUCACACUGAAGAAGAGGAUAAAACUGGAGAGAAGCAAACUCUUAUCAAAACAAUCGUCUUUGGAUCGCUCUCACAGGCUGCUGAGCUCCAGGAUGCGCUCACCAGGGAGCCGACUACCUCAUGGUCGAGGCCGGAGCUCCACGUGGACGGGUAGCAUGCUUUACAACAGUGGUCGGAGUGGAGCGGGGUCCAUGGAGCAGGAGCAGCCUCUGGCCCUUGAGCCAAAAGGGGAUCCCCGCAGAGGGAGGGGCAGAGGUGUGAGACUGCGAGGAGGCGGUGCAGGACGAGGCAUCAGAGGUGGAGGAAGUCGUGCUGAGUUGGAGGAGGAGAGCGAGGACAGCAGCAGCAGCAGUUCAACCAGCAGCAGCAGUAGCGAGGAUGAGGAGGAAGAGGAGAGCGAGCUGAACAAUGGGAGAGGAGGGGACAAAGAGAAUCAGCCACAGUUAAGGCAAGGAGGAAAGACGGUUAAAGAACGAGAGGACGCUGGGAAUGAAGGGGCUCACCAAAAUGGAACUGAGGAGGAUGAGGAGGUGGAAAUGGAGGAGGACUGUCCAAAAGGGGACGUAGACGGCGCGUGUAUUAAAGUGACACUGCAGCGGCCAACCAGAGCAAAACAGGACCCGUCAGCCAUUGUCCCAAAACUAGAGGCUAUCGCCCCUCAAACGGCUGCUCCCACAAUACACAGUCAGAGCAGGGCCCUCGUCAGACCCCCCAUUAGAAAUUUUAUUGAUCAUCGCUCAAACAGGCACACACCACCACACACUCGUAGUGGGCACAAAAACUCUCGCACAUCCCACCCUGAAAGACUCGAGGCCUCAAAAAGGACCAGACUGAGCAGGCCGGCCAAAUUAAGCAAUGGUGCUUCCUCCUCUUCAUCAGAGCAUCCCCACCUUAGAGUACCCCUGUCAGCCCUGCAGGAAGGGGGGGGCGAGGCAGACAGGGAGAGCGCCGGCAGCGGCCCGAGCUGUGAAAGGGAGGUGUGGGUGUCUGUCUUUCGCUACUUGAGCCGAACAGAUUUAUGCGUCUGCAUGGCCGUCUGCAAGAACUGGUACAAAUGGUGUUUAGACAAGCGGCUUUGGUCUCGGAUUGACCUGAGCAUCAAACGCACUGUUACUCCUCAGGCCCUGACAGGCAUCAUAAAGAGACAGCCGGUCACACUCGACCUCUCCUGGACCAAUAUUUCCAAAAAACAGCUCAACUGGCUUGUUGGUCGCUUGCCAGGGCUGAAGGAUCUGAUGCUGGCAGGUUGUUCCUGGUCGUCUGUUUCAGCCCUCUGCUCCUCUGCUUGCCCUCUCCUCCGCUCUCUGGACCUGCGGUAUGCGGAUGCGGUCAAAGACUCGCAGAUCAGGGACCUGGUCACUCCUCCAGGCUGUGACAAUCGCAGCCAGCUGCGGAGCAUGCAGUGUUUGCGGUUGGCAGGCUUGGACAUCAGCGACUCCACUCUGCGUCUGGUGAUCCGCCACAUGCCCCAUCUGACCAAACUGGAUCUCUCCCACUGCAACAGCCUCACUGACCACUCCAUCAACCUGCUCACUGCAGUGGGCUCAUCCACCCGGAACACACUGACGGAACUCAACCUGGGAGGCUGCAGUAAACUGACGGACACAUGUUUGAAGUACCUCCGUCGCCUCUCGUGCAUCUCACUGCUGGACCUGCGGGGCUGUAAAGGAGUCUCCAGAAAAGCUUGUGAGGCCUUCAUCUCUGAACUGUCAGUCAACACACUCUACUGCCUAUCGGAUGAGAAACUGAUCCAGAGGAUAUCUUAGUCACUAGCCAGCGCGGUCUGUGGCGGGGUGCUAUAAGAUGGGUGAGGAUGGGUGGGGUCUGAAACAGAGGGCUUGCUCACUGGUGUGGGGGGGAAGCGGUUCCAGCUGCUGGACCGAGGUGUUUUUUUUUUUUCUUCUGCAUACCUACGAAGAGACUCAGGAGUUUUUUUCUGUUCAUUUGACAUUUAAUGUGUGGGGAAAAACGCAUCUUUUUUUUUUCGGUCUACGGGAGUGGAAGAAUAAUUAAUUAGCUAUAUUAGACUUCACAUCCUGUGGAUAGCAACUUUUCUCAACUAUUCUUUGGACAGAUUUAAGUCUUAAUUCCUCUCAUAAGCUCUCACCAUGAGGAAGUCACAAGUAAAGAGAGAGAAAGUGCUCUGAUACUAUUGUUCAGUUCGGCUGAUCCACCAUAAGUUCUUAUUUGCCAUGUGACACAUUUGGGUGCAUCGGACGGAUGUUUUUUGCUUUGUUUUUGUCAGGGAGAAACUGUUAAGUUGUUAGGUGACUUGCGCUUUAUGCACAGCUAUGUGUGGAGAUUUUUUUAUUUUUUUAAGACGAAGCUGAAAAGACUUUCUCGUCAGACUACUGGAAUGGCCGUGUUUACCAGUUGUGCAUAGAGCUUUCAAAGUCAUUAAAUGAAAGAUUAGUUCAGUGGUGUAUAUGUGAGUGUUUUAAGAAGGUACAAAGACAGCGUGAGUGGGCAAUCAACACAGCAACGAGACCUCACCCCACCAAAGGGCAGGUUGCAUUAAAUGUGGGGGAUAAGCCAAGGACAAGGAUGCAUUUUCAAAUGACAGUUUAACUUCAGGUGCUAUAAUUUCCAAACUCUUAUUGCUUUGUUUUUGUACAGAGACAGACAUUUACAGCAAAAUAUUAGAGGUGAAACUGUUCCCAGACCCUAUUUGAUAAACUUUUUUCUUUCUUUCUUUUUCGAUGGAUGAAAAAUGUGUGGUCUUCUUUCACGUCAUUUCAGUGUAGAGAUGUGAGGUUUCGAUGAGGGGUUUGCUCGUUUCUUUGUUCCUUCAAAGUGUUAUGGCUCUGUAUCAAAGGUCUCAGACUGCUCUCCUGGCCAUAUCCCUCAGAGUGAAUAUAAGUAUAUAAAUAUAAAUAUUUACUUUUGUGUAAAUGUGUUUUUCCUCUUUUAGAUUAUAAAAACGGGAAUUCUGUAGCAUUGUAAGUAUUCUCUGAAGCCUUUUUCACUUCAUGUUAUUUGUGUUAUUUUUCAAGAAAAAUAAAAAAAAUGAGAAACAACUCGGAGAGAGAGGCGUUCGUUGAAUGCAUGGCAGGACCACAACAAAGAUCCGCUCCCCCUGGCUCCACCCAGCAUCCCUCCAUAACCUGGAAACAAAGCCACCUCAAAAUAAAUAAAUAAGGCGGUGCAGCUGUGAUGAUUCGUCGUUGUGGCCAGGCUCCGUGCAGCUCGGGUCCGGAGCAGGCUGGCAGAUGUGUCCUGCUGGAAGCGUCUCUGGUCAGCAGCAGCAGCAGCGGCCGGCAUCUCCUCCGACGCCCUGAACCCAAAUGACCUGGAUGUGAAACUGGAAUAAAGGCCGUGUCUUGCUGUAUUUUGACAGACGAAAACAGCCCUGCGAUGGCAACGGGAGGGUUACAGCUGUUCCAGGGGAAGCUAGCUAACUUUUAAGACCCCGUGUUUUAUUUAUUUUUUAAAUUUGCACUUAUUUUUUUCUACUCCCUGGGGAGCGUUUUUUGAAAAAAAAUAACUAUUUCAAAUCACCGGACGCCGGGGCUCAUUAUUGCCCAGUCGAAGUACUUCACUUUCAUUCUUUAGAAUGGAAACCAGGUGCCAACAGGAGCUGUGAACAAUGUUGUUAUCCAGUUAGCUAACGUUAGCUCAGCUAGCAGCUAGUCGUCUGCAUCAGGUUAGUGGGCUGAGUUAGCCAGGCUAACUCAGCCCACUAAUUGAAGUCAACACACACGGCACUCUAAUAGUUUCGCUUCCUAAUGGUAGCUGCUUCAAAAAGUCCCCUCUAGAGGAUUUUCCAGUGAUAAAGCUUUCCUGGGUGGCUCGGUUUCCUGCUGUUGUCGAGGCGAAGCGGCUAGCUAAGCAGCUGUUAGGAGCAGCGCACCGCUUCAUUGUGCAGCGGGUGCGUCGCUGCAGAAAUCCUAGCCUAACUCGUGUGUUAACUGUCAACGACAGCCAUGGCUCAAGAGGCGUUUCCUUUGCAUUCUCUCGUCUGGAACAACCAGUACCUCGAGCUUGACCGAGAGCUGCAGAGGAAGGAGCGGGAUGUGGAGCGUCUGGAUCCCAGAGGGCGCACCCCGCUGGAGCUGGCUGUGUGUCUGGGCCACCUGGAGUCCACCCGGGUGCUGCUCAGGCACACCGCUGACCCAACAUACUGCAGCGCUCAGGGCUGGACCAUCUUGCAGGAGGCGGUGAGCACCGGGGACCCUGAGCUGGUGCAGCUGGUGCUUCAGUACAGAGACUUCAAGAGAGCCACCGAGAGACUGGCAGGGAUCCCAGAGCUGCUGAGCAAACUGAGACGGGCACAAGACUUUUAUGUGGAGAUGAAGUGGGAGUUCACCAGCUGGGUGCCGUUGGUGUCAAAGGUUUGUCCCAGUGACGUUUACCGGGUGUGGAAGAGUGGCUCGUGCCUCCGUGUGGAUACCACCCUCCUAGGCUUCGAACACAUGACUUGGCUGAAAGGGCGGCGGAGCUACAUUUUCAAGGGUGGAGAUGACGGGGCGGUGGUGAUGGAGGUGGACCACGAGAAGCAGGUGGUGUACACCGAGCCGCUGGUGUUGUCCCCCCGCGACGCUCCCUCGCUCCUGGCCGCCAUGCAGCCAUCCCAGGAGAACACGGCCCAGAGAAUCACGUCGCCCAUCGUCUCAACGCAUCUGAACACGCGCAACAUUGCCUUUGAACGGAACAAGUCUGGGAUCUGGGGCUGGCGUUCUGAGAAGAGCGAGGUCGUCAGCGGGUAUGAAGCCAAGGUCUACAGUGCCACCAAUGUGGAGCUGGUGACCCGGUCUCGGACAGAGCAUUUGUCUGACCAGGACAAGUCCAGGAGCAAAGGAUCUAAGACGCCUCUUCAGUCUUUCCUGGGGAUAGCUGAGCAGCACACCGCUCAGAACGGGAGCAACGUGUCCCAGUGCGCCAGUCCUCACAACCCCACAGCCAUUACAGCAGAGGAGUACUUCAACCCCGAGUUCAACCUGAACGGCCGGGACAUCGGGCGGCCCGUGGAGCUGACCAGCAAAGUCCAGAGGUUUAAAGCGACGCUGUGGUUGAGUGAGAGUCACCCGCUGUCUUUGGCCGAGCAGGUGACGCCCAUCAUAGACCUCAUGGCCAUCUCCAACGCCCACUUUGCAAAGCUGCGGGACUUCAUCACCCUGCGCCUGCCUCCAGGCUUCCCUGUCAAGAUAGAGAUUCCUCUGUUCCACGUGCUGAAUGCCAGAGUGACGUUCAGCAACCUUUGUGGCUGCGACGAGCCGGUCAGCUCGGUGACCGUUACCAAUCCAGAGAGCGCUGGAGAGGCUGGCCAGUCUCCCCCUCCCUUCCACUGUGAGGUGGACCCCUCGGUAUUUGAGCCCCCUCCGGACUACACCACCCUGGGUCCGGGCCGAAGCGAGCCAAUGAGGGAUGAGGAUGACAACCUGCUGCAGUUUGCCAUCCAGCAGAGUCUGCUGGACGCUGGCACAGAGAGCGACCAGGUGACCAUCUGGGAGGCCCUGACCAACAGCCGCCCGGUGCCACAGUCUCCUCUGUACGAGGAAGACUCUCAGCUCGAGAGGGCCAUCCAAGAGUCCCUGUCCAUCUCACUGGCCAGCAGGGAGGGAGAGGACACGGCCGACCAAAGUCAGCCCACCUCCGUGUCCCCGUUGGACCCCGCCUCCAACUCGCCACUCUCUUACAAUGCGGUGACUGACCCGCGUCUCUCCGGGCACUUCGGCGUGGCGAGCAGCUUUGAUGAGCAGCUGCGUAUGGCCAUGGAGCUGUCCUGCCGGGAGCAGGAGGAAAUGGACAGGUGAGAGAAAGUCAGAAAGUGGCACG